AUAAGUUACCUUAUAUCUUUACAUCUUAAGUUCAAUGCCACUACUGAGUGGAAUAAAUAUUAUUUUUCUACAUGGUCACCGACACUGUAAGGAAAAAUAUACAGAAUUACGUUCGUGCUAUUUUUUUACAGAUAAACAAACCGGUUCAAAAUGUCCCAAAUCUCUAAUAUGUUCGAUAUAUAAAUAUGCCGUUUUUGGGCGAAUCUAAUCAUUACUCUUUUGCUCGAGCUAUUAGUUGUUUGAUUAAAUUUGGUCUUUGGAUACAACCAUGAUGUCCAAGGCCGCAGUACUUGCUUUCAUGGUAAUGACUACAUCGGUCAUUACCACCCCCGUGCCUAAGGCACAGUUCGGCUUAGGAGGCGGCGGCGGCGCCGGCGGUGGAUUCGGCGGUGGUGCCGGCGGUGGAUUCGGCGGUGGUGCCGGCGGUGGAUUCGGCGGCGGUGCCGGUGGAGGCGGUGGAUUCGGAGGUGGAGAAGGAGGCGGCUUCGGCGGUGGCCUCGGAGGUGGCCUCGGAGGUGGCGGUGGAUUCGGAGGCGGAGCUGGCGGCGGUAUUGGCGGCGGAUUCGGAGGCGGAGAAGGUGGCGGAUUCGGAGCCGGUGGUGGUUUGGGCGGAGGAGCCGGAGGCGGAUUCGGCGGCGGUGCUGGCGGUGGUGCCGGUGGCGGAUUCGGCGGCGGAGAAGGAGGCGGAUUCGGCGGCGGAAUCGGAGGUGGACUCGGAGGCGGUGCUGGAUUCGGAGGCGGAGCUGGCGGCGGUAUUGGCGGCGGCUUCGGCGGAGGAGAAGGAGGCGGAUUCGGUGGUGGAGCCGGUGGUGGCGGCGGAAUUGGAGGCGGUAUUGGAGGCGGAGCCGGCGGUGGAUUCGGCGGCGGAGAAGGAGGCGGAUUCGGAUUCGGUCGCUAAGAAUGAGACGGAUCAGUCCGUAGCGGACACCACCUUCACCAUCACCUUUGAUAAAUUAAGUCAUAUCUGUAAAUUAAAUCUUAUUUAUAGAAUAAAUAAAUUAUUAAAUUAUUA